CAGAUUGAUACAUUUGUACGAGCAUUCAGAAUUUUAUGCCUUUAACAUUGUCAUUGUUCCACAAUUGCUGUUAGAAAAGUUUGUUACCGGUUAAAUGAAUAAUGACAUCUCCAUGUUAGCUUUGUGCCUUGUGUGUCAAGAGUCACGCUUUUUGGAUAUGGAUUCAUUCACCUAUGCUAACUAGAUUUAUAUGUUAGACAAAAGGACAAAUAGGUCCCUGAGCUUUUGGCCCGUGGACAUUUUCGUCCCUGAGCAUUUGAAAAUACUUUUAAAUCCCCGACCUUAGCAAAUUUUGGACGGAUGAGUCCCUCCGUGGAUUUGCCUCCGCCGGACCCAUCGGAGAAGUCUGAUCUGGCUCCCCUGAGGAUGACAUGGCACGCUUGGUUGACAGCUGGACUGCUGAGUAGAAAGUUCCCUUCGAAAAUUGGACAAUGAAGUCCCUGCACCACUAAACUACGUCGUUUUGCCACCCUACCCUAAUUCUUAAAUUGAUUGCCCUUGUUUCUGGAGGCCAGUGGUGAGGAGUUGGACGUGCAUCAACCAUGGCUGCUAAUGGAGCAUCAGCAACAUCGAGAAGAAGCCACAUGGGAGUAAGAGAGGAAGAUUCUGCCUCAAGCUCAAACCUUUAUGUUCUUUACGACGGAGACCCGAAGGACGAUGUCGCCCGGAGAUGCUUCUGUGGAGUUUAUGCGAUAAUGUAUAUGUUGAGGAUGAUUAGGAACCCAAACAGAGUCUUCAUGGGUUGCCCAUUCUAUAAGGGAAACCAACCGCACUGCAAGUUUUUUCUUUGGGUGGAUGAGCAUUUGGCUAGAAUUGGAAGCAGUGGUUGCGUCUUUGAUAAAAGACCUGUGGUUGAGAAAGAGCCAGAAGUUGUUGAAGAGGAUGAGGGAUUCCAUCAUAGGAUUGCUAUUUUGGAGGAGAAGGUUACUGUGCUGGAGAAGAAAAAAAACCCCUUAGCUUGUUGUGUUGUUAUUGUUGUAUGUGCUGUUGUGGCUGCAUUUUAUGUUUGUAGUGACUGAUAAAUGAAUUUUAGAAGGUAGAGUUGGAAAAUGUGUUGAUUCUGGUUUCUGUUUUGUAAUGAAACAUGGUCUUUAGGGAACAUUUGUAUCCUAUUAUCUAUGUAAAUGCAGUUAAAGUUAUGAUAUCAAUUGGGUGUUGAAAUUAUGUUGUCAAUAUGUGAAGAAGCCUUGAAUGAU